UUUUGAAAAGUAAACCUCCACCCGGAAGUACUCAGCAUCCUGCUUUGCUUUAGACUUGGAGAUGAGCCGAGUUCUGCACAUAUGAGCGCUGUGACGAGCGUUAUGUCGAAGUUCCGCCUGGCUGUGGUCCAGCUGCAGGUGAGCAGCGUCAAAGCGGACAACCUGAGCAAAGUGCGGAGGUUGGUGAAGGAGGCAGCGGGACAGGGCAGCAAAGUGGUGCUGCUGCCGGAAUGCUUCAACUCUCCCUACGGAACUAGCUUCUUCUCCAAGUAUGCUGAGAAGAUCCCAGGAGAAUCCACCCAGAUGCUGUCAGAGGUGGCGAAGGAGAACAAGCUGCAUCUGGUGGGAGGUUCGAUCCCUGAAGAGGACGGAGGGAAGCUGUACAACACCUGUGCCGUGUUUGGUCCUGAAGGGGAGCUGAUUCUCAAACACCGGAAGAUUCACCUGUUCGACAUCGACAUUCCAGGGAAAAUCUGCUUCCAGGAGUCCGAGACGUUGAGCCCCGGGAACAGCCUGUCCACGUUCGACACGCCGUUCUGCAGGGUGGGAGUGGGUAUCUGCUACGACAUGAGGUUCGCGGAGCUCGCUCAGCUCUACAACAGGAAAGGCUGCCAGCUGCUGGUUUACCCCGGAGCCUUCAACAUGACGACAGGCCCCGCCCACUGGGAGCUGCUGCAGAGGGGAAGGGCCCUCGAUAACCAGAUGUAUGUGGCCACAGCGUCGCCUGCCAGAGACGAAGCCGCGUCCUACGUGGCCUGGGGUCACAGCACCGUCGUGAACCCGUGGGGAGAGGUCAUAGCCAAGGCCGGGCCUGAGGAAUCCAUCAUCUACGCUGACAUCGACCUGCAGUACUUGGCCGACAUCCGGCAGCAGAUCCCAAUCGGCUCCCAGCGUCGGGACGACCUCUACGCCGUGACUGCCGUCCAGCAGGGGUCAGGCUGAACGCUCCCAACAGGAUCCCGCUCUUCUAAAUGUGUGAUUUCGGAAAAUCCCAACGUUAAAUAAUCUUGGUUCUUGUCAUCAAGGAGACUGGCUGUUAAUAUUUAGUGCUUGAUGGAGCGGCUGCGUUAGCCAGUCGUGCGUUUGCAGCAGCGUAAAAAGGGAAGCUCUGACUCUGGACCAGCCUUCAUGUGGAGAACGACGAACUGCGAGGAAAAAGAAUCAAGGAGAACUUUAUUUUCAUUGUUUUAAUUUUUCCUCCUGAACCAUUUCUUAAAUGUGUGAUUUGAGCUUGUGUUUAAAUGCCACAGUUUUACGUGUGUGUUUCUCUGCUCUGGUUGCCUGCCCAAAUCUAGGUUAAUAAAAAUAAAUAAAUCCCAAACUCACUAACAAAAGUGUUGAUUAACAAUGCAAUAACAGACGCCACAUCUGAAAGACAUUUUUUUAAAUAGGUUACCAAAGCACCUGUUUGUGGUCAGAAUAAAUUCUUACUUCAGCCUCUUGUGGCUUUUAAAUUUUUAGAAAAAAAGGAAAAUAUCCUGUGAACCUUCUCUUAUGUAGACGGGUCAUUGAUUAAAUCAGACAGGCUCUAUUUAGAAAGCGUCCUCUCUAAAUAAAGGGACCUUUAAAAUGUUUAUGGACAAUUUAAAGUGCUUCACAAAACAGAGAACACACACAAUAAAGAAAUGCAUAAACUCCAUGGCUAAACAUAAAAGUACCGCAAUGCUCUUAAUUACAUUUGCGGCUGCGUUCAACAUAAAAGCAGCACCAAGUUAGCCAAUAGGCUACUUUGUUGUUUUUUU